AUGUGUAAUUUCAAAGGGAAAAGAGCUGCCGACAGUAGGCGAUCAACUACAUGGAUAUUUAGUAGAAAGAGUAGUUAUAUUGAUAGAGAAAAAGAGUAUUCUAAGGAAAAACAGAAAAAAUAUAUUAAGGAGCUUGAUUUAACGGCAGUUUUAUUAAAACAUGAAAAGACAGGAGCAGAACAUCUUCAUAUUAUGAAAAACGAUAGAAAUAAUGUAUUUGCAAUAGGAUUUCAUACACCACCGCCUAAUAGUUCUGGAGUACCUCAUAUUCUUGAACAUACAGCAUUAUGUGGAUCAGCAAAAUAUCCAGUCAGAGAUCCUUUUUUUAAGAUGUUAAAUAGAAGUUUAGCAAAUUUUAUGAAUGCUUUUACAUGUUCUGAUCAUACAAUGUAUCCAUUUGCGACAAUGAAUCCUAUAGACUAUUCCAAUCUUCGAGAUAUUUAUUUGGAUGCGACUUUAUUUCCAAAACUUCGAAAAACAGACUUUUUACAAGAAGGAUGGCGUCUAGAAAACGAAGAUCCAAAAGAUCCACAAUCGCCUAUCGUUUAUAAAGGUGUUGUAUAUAACGAAAUGAAAGGCCAAAUGUCUAACUCAUCUUAUCUGUUUUAUAUUCGAUAUCAACAGCAAAUGUUUAAAAAUACAAUUUAUCAAAAUGAGAGUGGUGGAGAUCCAGCAGUCAUUACAGAUCUUACUCAUGAGGAUUUGGUUAAUUAUCAUAAAAAAUAUUAUCAUCCAACAAAUUCUAAAUUUUUUACAUAUGGGGAUUUCCCUCUAGACCAGCAUUUAGAAGCUAUCAAUUCUAAAAUAUCUUCUUUUGAUAGAACUGUUAUUGAAAAUGUUCAAAAAAAUAUUGAACCGUUUAAGUCACCAAGAAGAAUAUAUGAUAUAUUUCCUUUUGAUCCUUUAUCAGAUCCGGACUCUCAAAUAAAAAUGUCUAUUUCUUUCUCUGCUAACGAUAUAGCAAAUGUUUUUGAAACUUUUUCAUUUCGUGUACUAUCUUCAUUAUUACUUGAUGGACAUUCUUCUCCUUUAUAUAAAAGAUUAAUAGAAACAGGACUUGGGUCAGAUUGGUCUCCAAAUUCAGGUUAUGAUACAAGUUUUAAAACAGGAAUAUUUUCAAUAGGUCUUCAAGGCGUUGCUAAAGAUAAUAUUAAAAAGAUUGAAUUGGAAAUUAGGAAUGUAUUAGAAGAAGUGGCAGAAAAGGGAUUUGAACAGCAUAAAAUAGAUGCUAUACUUCAUCAAAUAGAGCUUAGUCUUAAACAUAAGUCAGCAAACUUCGGUAUAUCUUUAAUGCAAAGUUUACAAUCAGGGUGGUUCAAUAAUUCAGAUCCAUUUUUAAUGUUAUCUAUUAAUGAAAUUAUUGCUAAAUUUCGAGAUUAUACACGUGAUAAUCAAUAUUUAAAAUCAUUAAUAUGCAAAUAUAUACUAAAUAAUACAAACUCACUUUCAUUUAUAAUGAUGCCAUCAAAGACAUAUAUGCAGGAUUUAUCUGAAAAUGAAACCAAGUCUUUAAUGACUAAAGUAAAUUCUUUAUCUUUAGAGGAAAAGAAAGAAAUUCAAAUGCAAGCUUUAGAAUUAUUGAAAAAUCAAGAAACUAAGGAAGAUGUAUCAUGCUUACCAACAUUAACAAUUGAUGACAUAGCAAAAAAUAUUUCUAAGGUUGAAUUAUUUCAUGAAAAAAUUGGGAAAUUGAAUGUACAAUGGAGAAUUGUUCCUACAGAAAUUACAUAUUUCAGGGCAAUUAAUCCUUUAAAUAAUCUUCCAGAAUAUCUUAAGCCUUACUUACCAUUAUUUGCUGAGGUUUUGACUAAUUUAGGAACUCAUUCCCAAACAAUGUCGGACUUAGAAGAUGAAAUUAAACUUAAAACAGGAGGAUUGAAUGUUUCUACUUACAUUAGUACUAAAUAUAAUGAUUUAAAUACAAUAGAAGAAGGAUUGUUAUUUUCGGGUCAUUGCUUGUCCCAUAAUAUACAAUCUAUGUAUGAUUUAUUUCGUAAAUUACUUCUGGAAACAAAUUUUGAUAAUGUCAAAAAAUUAAGAUCAUUAAUAUCUAUUAAUAAUAGCAAUAUAAUGAGUUCACUUUCAGAAAGUGGGCAUUCAUACGCACGUGCUUUUUCUGCUUCUUCACUAACUUUAGGAGGAAAAUUCUCAGAAACAAUGAGUGGAAUAACUCAAGCAAAGUUAGUUAGUAAACUUUCUAUGAAAGAGGAUUUAUUAGAUGUUGUAGAUAAACUUAAGGAAAUUUCAAAAUACACAUUUUUUCAAGAAUCGCUCAAAGUUUUCAUUACUUGCAGUGAUAAACACAUAAGUUUGAAUAAGAAGGAAUUAGAAAAGUUUUUCUCAAGUCUUCCAGCAAAUUUAGAUGAUCAUAAACCUGAAAAUGUAUUUCCUCAAUUUACUCCGUCCUUUGGCAAUAAAGCUUUUUUUCCAUUACCAUAUUCUGUUAAUUUUGUAUCUCUUUGUUUACUAGGGACUCCAUAUAUACAUCAGGAUGGGCCUGUUAUACAGAUAUUAUCCAAAUUACUUACUCAGCAAUAUUUACAUAAAGAAAUUCGUGAAAAAGGUGGUGCAUAUGGUAGUGGAGCUUCAUAUAAUAGUUUGGAAGGAAUUUUUGGAUUCUAUAGCUAUCGAGAUCCAACUCCUCAAAGAACAUUAUCAAUUUUUGCAAAUUCUGGGCAAUGGGCUAUAGAACACAAGUGGACUCAGAAAGAACUCGAUGAGGCCAAGUUAAACGUAUUUCAAUCAUUAGAUGCUCCUAUUAGUAUUGAUAAGGAGGGAUUGCCUUAUUUUAUCAAUUCUUUAAGUGAUGAAAUGCGCCAACAAUACAGAGAACGUCUUUUACAAGUAAAUAUAAACGAUUUAUAUCGAGUAUCGGAGAAAUAUAUUCUUAAGCCAAUAUCACAGCAACAUUUAAGUAUCACAGUAUUAGGAGAAAAAAAAAAAUGGAUUGAACAAGAAGAACAAUGGAAAAUUUUUGAUCUAAAUAAAGAUGUAGAUAUUUAA